AAAAAACGCUCUCCACUCACAAAUUCUCCGCUCUCCGCCUGCUGCCGUCAUCGGUCGAUGCCUUACGCUGUACAACACAGUCCUCCCUCCCUUUUGAACCAAAUCACUCGCUAGUCGAUGCAGCGACACCAUCGCCCCUGGGCGUCGCACCAUGGCGGCUGUCAAUCGGAAUAUGUUUGAGGCCAGCGUUACGAUAGAUCGACCCCACGGAGGAUCGUUGAUGGUUCUACCGCUGAAUCUGAUCGCUUUCAUUGUCUCCCACCUGGAUGAUCCUGGCGACCUUGCUCGCCUGUGUCGAACAUGUCGGGUCCUCAACUACAUGACGCUUCCGCAGCUCUACAAGAGUAUCACCCUGACUUCCUACGAUAAAAUCCGAUACCGCGGGGGCCAACCAGAAGGGAUGGGGAGCGCAAGUCCCUUCUCAAUGGGCCUGAAUGCCAUUAUCACUCGUCCUUACGCCUCGCUAGUUCGGUCGCUAACACUCCGGGGAAGCUGGCGUGAGUCCGAGCUGGAGGAGCAUGCGCGCAUUGGUCGGGUGCCGGAUUCCUCUAUGAUGCUGAAUAUCGUCGUGCGGGCGGCCAUUGACAAGAUGACCGACUUGGAAAGCUUCAGCUGGGAACUCAAUACGAAGAUGCUGGAGACGGUCUAUCUGGGUCUGACGCAACUACCCAGGCUAACUUCGCUCACUAUCCGAUUUCCUUCGAGUCGUCACCCCCGGCCGACGAUCGUCAUCCCCGCAAUGCCUCAUCUACGAUACCUAAAAUUCACCGAUAUCGACCCACUCUGCUACCCCGACGACAUCUCAACGCUUCUUUGGAAGUGUAAGAAGUUGCAGGUGCUUAAUAUGCACUGGUCGCCUCGAAUGAGGGAAGAGCAGGAACCCAGCGUCAUGCUUCAUGACUACUUUCGCAAAUGCAUAUCAACAAAGCAACCGCUCAGAAUUAAAAAGAUCGGGCUCCAGAACCUAUACGCCCUUCAUACCGAAGAAUUUAAACUUGCAUUCGAUCAGUCUACAGCCGAAGAUGUCACCAUCCUCAGCAACACAAAAGCAGACGAUUUUAAUUUCCAUAAUACGUUUGUCGACAGUACCUGGCCUAUAACCCCGCCACAUGUUGUCAGAAUCAAGAGUGUUAGGCAGGAUCGUUUCUCAAGGAGGCAUGCGGAUUUCCUAGGAAAUUUCACUGGGUUAGAGAGGCUGUACUUCGUCAACGCAACGCCUAAUCCCAACGAUAUGAACUCGGAGAGACACUUGGAAUACUCAGCCCCCACGCCACCGUCUGUGGACCAUAACCAUCCCAAUUCGAAUACUCCCGAGGCUACCCCUUCCAGUUCUCCUGGUCUUCAGGCCAGCAUCCGCGACGCGUACCUCAAUAAUAUCAUCGUGAAUCACGCCGCUACACUACGACAUCUUUUGCUCCCUUCCUACUGGCCGCUCCCAUCGUCCACGAUUGCCCGCCUCGUUCAUGCCAGCCCCCAACUUGAGCAGCUUGCUUUUGCAACAGAGUUCUCCAGCAUGGAGACACUAGGACUGCUGCUUCCAUUCCUCCGUAAACUGGUUGCCGUGCGCCUCUUGAUUCCAACUGCCGGUAGUUCGUCUCCCCAGAUUCCACCGCCGCCGAAGCCAAGCUUGGGACGAAUAUCAAAGGCCUCCUGCAAUACCCAAGAAAUAUUUAACUCGGCGGUUUCUCUUACAGAUAUUAUUAGUGCCGAUGACGACGUUCUUAUCGACAAGCUUUCGGAGUCGUUAGCGGAUCCCCAAAUAUUUAGCCAGAUGAAAUUUAUUGGUCUCGGCUGGAAAGCGUUUGAGCUUUUGGAUUACUAUACGGUGCCCGCCGUUCCUCCUUCUGAGUGCAACGUUGAAUCUCAAUCGCAGUCUCCGGCUGACCUUGCGGGCGAGGAGGUCAAUGGGGGUCGGGAGCAUUUUGGAAAUGGAUUCUCCCAUCAUGACGGAUCAACUGCCUCUGGUAUCUCAACUCCGGCACCGGUCCCUCACAGCCUGUCUACAGGCCCGGCACCAAGGACAGGCCACUCUCCUUCCUUACUCGGCAAACGGAGGCGGGAUCAAGACUUCAAUCCAGGAACGCCGUCUAAGAAGGGCAUGUCACGCGAAACCCCCAUAGAUGUGUUGGCGGAUUUCAACCCUUGUUUGCCGGCAGCACUCACAACUGUAAAUGGUCGUGUGUGGAGACGCCGGGUGCGGCGGGUGGGCUGGGACACUGUAAAACACUACGAGAUUUGGGGCUUGGAUACACAAGAGUUAUGAUCACUAUAUGGUCACCGACGGCCAUCUUCGCGGUGCAUAUACAUACGUAAAUGAUAUUCUAAUUGUUCCACGAUGGGGCGUUUUUUGUUUUUAGUUCCUCCUGAUAUUUUGCACAAUGGGUUGAGGUCGCUUCUGUGCACAUACUACGUUAGAGGAUUCCGAUUCGGAUUAUUUUUGUUAUAUAUCCCUGUUUCGUACAUGCCUUGUACUUCUAAAGACACACAAUCCACUCUUGACUCACUUACUUACCUACUCAUGAUCUAUAAUUAUAGAAGAUGGAAUUUUAUAUUGGCACGGCGGAG